AUGGGCAAUAGUAAUAGAUCACUUGAUAAAAUUGUGAGGAACGAACAUGAGGACGUACCAACAGUAAGAACAACCGAAAAAGGAAUCUAUAAUAAUGAUCAAUUAUUCGAAUUGCAACGUGAUGGGUAUAUAGAAGAGGCGUACUUUGAUUAUUCAUGCAAUCCUAUUUUUAAAUCUGAUGGUUCUGUUUGUGCUCUACUUAUUUAUGCACAAGAAACUACCCAAAAAGUUUUGAAUACUCGAAGACUAAAAACACUUGGCGAACUUAGUCUUCGGAUUUCCG